AUGCUUCUUCUGCCGAUGCUGAUCCUGCCGAUGCUGAUCCAGCUCGCUCCGGCUGACCACCUUGCCGACCCUUUUGGCUUUUCGGUCGGAUCUGAUGACGCCCCGGCUAACGAUUCUUCUUCCGUCGAUGCUGAUCCUGCCGAUGCCGACGUGAAUAGCGACCCAGUGCGUAACUUGGACACGGUCGAGAAUGACCAAGCCAGCCCCGCUCCGGCUGACCACCUUGCUGACCCUGUUGGAAUUUCGGUCGGAUCUGAUGACGCCCCGGCGGACGGUGCCUCUUCUCCCAGUGCUAAUCCUGCCGAUGCUGACGUGGUUAGCACCCCAGUGCGUAACUUGGACACUGCCGAGCAUGACCAAGCCAGACUCGCCCGGCUGACCACCUUGCUAACCCUGUUGGCUUUUCGGUCGGAUCUGAUGACGCCCCGGCGGACGAUGCCUCUUCUGCUGACUCUAACGUGGAUAGUGACCAAGUACAUGACGCGGACACGACCGAGGUUGACCAGUAAUCUAAGGAGUGUGAAGGCUUACGACGAGCGGUAG